AUGUUAUCAUCUCGUUCUAAACGUUUAUAUCAUAAUCGUAUUCGUUCAUUAAUAAGUCGUCAAGCAACUAUUCCUAUUGAACAAUUAUCAUUAUAUUCAUGUUUAUAUCAUAUUCGUCCUUAUUGUUCAUCAUCAACAUCAACAAUUAUUAAUGAAAUAUGUCUUCGACGUUUACUUAAAUCAAAUUAUUUAUGUCAAUUUCAAGAAUCUAAUCAAAUAUCUGAAUAUAAAUUAUUACCAAAUAAAUCAACAUUUAUUCUUGGUCAUUAUAUGUUAACAUUACAAUUAAAUAAUCUUCGUUUAUAUAUAAUAGAUAAAAAUAAUUUAAUUUUAAUUAAUGAAGAUAUAUUUACAUUUAAAAUUGUUUUUAUUGGUAUAUGUACAUAUAGUGAUUUUCAAAAUCGAAAUUUUUUAAAACAUGAUGGUUUUAUAUUAAUGACUGCUGAUCAACGUUUAUUUUUAUAUGAUUUUAAAUUAAAAUUACGUAUGCCAUCAAAUGGUAUUUGUUUUCAAUGUGAAAUUCCAGUUAAAUUUCUUGAAAAAUCAUUUGAAUAUCAUGAACAUAAUCAUAUGAUAUCAAUACAUACACGUUAUAAACAACGAACACAUCUUUUUAUUUUAUUAAGAAUAUGGCCACAUUGGCUUAGUUAUGUUUUUUUAAUUGAACCUCAUAUAUUUGGUAAUGAUCUUAAACAAGCAGCUAUAACACAUGAAUUACUUAUUGUACAAAAUCAACGAAAUAGUUGUAAUUUAUAUUCACUUCAUAAUAUACUCGAUGAAUAUACAAUAAAAUCACAUUCAAUAUAUGAUCAUCCUAAUGAAUUAUUACCAAUAAAUGUUUUAAUAACAUCUCGUCCAACAUGUCUAUUUACAUUUAAUUGUGAACGUCCAUUAUUUGAUUAUGCUUUUUGUAGUUCACAACAUUUUCUUACACGUAUUAAUGAAGAUUAUUUUGUUUUACAUAUAAAUAAUAAUUUAACACCUAUAUCAAAUGGUCAUUUAAAACGAUCAUGGACUGAUAAUUUAUCUUCACAUAGUCAAGUCUAUUUUAUUGAUACUAAAAAUAAUCAUGAUUGUAUAAUUGAUAUUCGAGAAUCUAUUGCACAUGUUUGGCAAUUAAUACAUGAUGAAUUAACAUCAAUUAAACAUUUAUAUACAAUUAAUGAUGGUAUAGAAACAAUGACAAUAUCAAAUGAUCGACAUAUAACACGUUAUGGACGACAAACAAAACCUCAAAAUAUUUUAGAUUAUUCAUCAACAGUUAUUAUUGAUCAUUAUUUUGAUACAUAUAAUAAUUUAUUAACAUUACUUUUUGAAUCUGAAAUGUCUGAUAUGGCUAUAAUACGUAUUAUUGAACAUCCUAUUGGUAUUUGUCGUCAAGAUAUACAUUUUAAAAAAAAUAAUAAACAUAAUCAAUUAAAAAUUAUGCAUGAAAAUGAUAAAUUAAUUGUUCAAGAACUUAGUUGUCAUACCGUUAUACUUCGUUUAUUUACAUUAGAACGUUCAAAAUAA